GCGCGGGGCGGUGCCAGCGCGUUUGCCCCUGCGCUCCAGGCAUCCCACCAAAGAUGUGAAUCCUGAGGCCCACGGAAGAUGCUCGCCCUCCUAUGGGUGACGGCCCUGGUGCUGGUGCCUCCGGCGCCGCCCGCAGCCGCAGGGGGAAAAAAUCUAAAAUCUCCUCAAAAUGUAGAGGUUUACAUCAUGGAUGACAACUUUAUCCUGAAGUGGAACUGGAGCAAUGACUCUGUCAGAAAUGUGACUUUUUCAGUGGAUUAUCAAAUACAGAAGAUGGAUAAAUGGAACAAAUUGCCCGGAUGUCAGUAUAUUACUAGUACCAAAUGCAACUUUUCUUCACUCAAACUAAAUGUUUAUGAGGAAAUUAAAUUGCGAGUUAGAGCAGAAAAAGGAAAUGACACUUCUUCAUGGCAUGAGGUUGACUCAUUUAUACCUUUUCAAAAAGCUCAAAUUGGUCCUCCAGAAGUACAUUUAGAAGCUGAAGAUAAGGCAAUAAUAGUAAACAUCUCUCCUCCUGGAACAAAAGAUAGUGUCAUGUGGGCUCAGGAUAGUUUAAGUUUUACAUACAGUAUAGAUUUCUGGAACUCUUCAAAUGUAGAAAGAAGAACUGAAACUACUGUUUAUCCCAGAUAUAAAAUUUCUGAACUGUCACCUGAGACUACUUACUGUUUAAAAGUAAGAGCAAGACUACGUUUGCAACGGAAAGUUGGUGUCUAUAGCCCCGUGUAUUGUGUCAACACCACAGUUGAAAAUAAACUGCCUCCACCAGAAAAUAUAGAAAUUGAAGCUAGAAGCCAGAGCUAUGUUCUUAAAUGGAAUUACACGUCUGUCAACGUGACCUUCCAGGCGCAGUGGCUCCAUGCCUACAUAAGAAAGUUUCCUAGGAACCUUUCAGAUCAGUGGAAACAAAUACCUGGUUGUGAAAAUGUCAAAACUACCCAGUGUGUCUUUCCUCAGAAUACUUUCCCAAGAGGAAUUUACUUUCUUCGGGUACAGGCAUCUAAUGGAAAUAAUGUAUCUCUUUGGUCAGAAGAGAAAAAAUUUGAUACCAAACUACAAACUGUCAUACAUCCGCCUGUGAUUAAUGUGAAAUCCAUUAGUAAUUCUCUGCACAUCUAUAUUGGGGCUCCCAAAGAAUCUGAAGACAAGGCUGUGAAUUAUCCACUAAUUUACGAAGUUAUAUUUUGGGAAAAUACUUCAAAUGCUAAGCAAAACCUUCUGGAGAAGAAUAUUUUUACCAUUACUGACUUGAAACCACUGACUAUAUAUUGUGUCAAAGUAAGAGCCUGCCUUGUGGGUGAAAAGUGGAACAAAAGCUGUGCUUUUAGUGAUACUCUGUGCGAGAAAACAAAACCAGGAAAUAGUUCCAAAACCUGGCUGAUCGCUGGCAUUUGUACCGCAUUAAUUUCUAUCCCAGUUGUCAUUUUUGCUGUGAAAGGCCUAUGGAAAUGUAUCAAAUAUGUGUUCUUUCCGUCAUUUAAACCUUCUGGUAUUGAUGAGUGUUUCUCUGAACAGCCAUUUAAGAAUCUUCUACUUUCAACUUCUGAGGAACAAAUCGAAAGUUGUUUUAUAAUUGAAAAUACAGACACAGUUGCUAUAGUAGAAGAAACUAAAGACAUCGAUGAAGAUCACAAAACAUACACUUCCCAAAGUAGUCAAGAUUCGGGAAACUAUUCUAACGAAGAUGAGAAUAGUGAAAUUAGAACAAGUGAAGUUUUCGAACAGGAGACCGUAUGACCAGAAGUGAAGUCUGUGAAAUAGUUGGUUUUGUGCAAACAAUUCCGGGAGCCUGAGCUUCUUGCUCUCCUCAGUGACAGUAGAGAGGACAUUUGCUCGUUGGGUAGGAAAAGACAUCUUCAGGUACAAAGCCUUGAAGGACACGCCACUGGACCUGCCCUUGGGGAGAUGAGUUAGAUGGAGAAGAUGACCACCCGUCUCUCUAGUGGCAGCUAAGGGCCAGCGGGCCACCUACGCUGUGGGCUCAUGUGGUGUUUGUGUUCCUUCAGCCGGUGUGGCCCCAGUGCCACUGGCUACCACUUCUCUGUUCUUCUCCAUUCCCAGUGUCAUCUGUUGUUAUUUUUCAGGAGAUAUUUGGGACACUCUGUCUUUUCUUUUAACACUGAAGUAGGAAUUCUGUGAUCACUUGAUAAAGUAGUGAUUAUAAAAUUCCAUGAUCACUGAAAAGUUAGUUUACUCCAGAAAGUAGCCACAGAGACCAGAAAGAUGAUCCUUAAAAAUGUUCAAGAGAGUUCUGUUCACUUACCUGAGAACGUCCGCUUCCACAUCCCAGUUACUUUUCUUCCACGUGGCUUAGGUAAUCUUUCAUUAUAUAUGAAGACCUCCUGGUUCUCAGCUUGUUAGAACAAUGGCUUCUGGUUAGAAUUCGUAAUCACUAGUCAUCAAGAAAUGGGUAACUGCCUGAUUAGAGAGCACAGUGUACACUGUGACUUGGGAAGCCUUGGGACCAGGACCUGCCAGUGACCUAAGAUGCAGAGUAAAAAGUUGAAUGACUCUGUAGAAAAGAAGCAGGAAAUGUUGGUGAAAAAAUAAGAAUGUGUGUAUGAUCAGCUCUUUUUUGAUUACAUACUCUGUUUAUUUUUAUGGUUCAUCUGUGUCACCUUUGGCACCAGGCCAGCUUCUCCACACCAUCUGGCAGUAGUCGGGUUUCCUUCCUGCUCAGCUGGCAUGUACUUAAGAAAAUACAAAUUAUUUAACAUCAGGUUAGAGAAAAACAAAUGUAAACAGAAAAACUAGUUUUAAAAAAUUUCAUAAUACAAAGGCACUAUAGUUUAUUUUAAAACGACUUGGUAUUUGAGAUUAUCCAUAGAACCCUUUGUUGACAGGAAGUCUAGGAAAUGCAGUGGCCUCUAGUGAAUUCUCACUUCAGUGUAAUAGAGCAGAGCCCCACGAAGAGAAAGGAGGAAAAGGCGCAGAGAGCCUGCUGAGCAGCGGGCUCGGGACUUCGACCCCCUCAGCGGCCGUCUCUGCUGAGAAGACAGGAUCACCCAGGUGAAGACAGACACUCUGCCUGCCAUGGGCAUGCACACGUGUGCGCGGACCACUCCACGUGUGUUCCUGGCCCUGCCACCACAGCUGCUUGUGUCAUUCUGGCAGAGCAUGGGGGCCUCCUGCAUGGCCAGGGAGUGCCCUGAGACACGGCCCUCGCUGGAGAGCCCCCCAGUGACCUGAACACACUCACCCUCUCGCCUCUCUGUCUGGACUGUUGGUUGCAAGCACAUCGUCCGCGUUGUUCUGACUAUUGUAAAGGCCCUGUCACUUUGGAAGUUUGCCUCGAGGAGAGCAGGACCCUGGCCAGCCACCACUGCUGAUCAGACUGUGCUAAUCCGGGAGUCCUGCACGGUACAUGCAGCUCUGCAUCUGCCACAGGAGAAAGCUGUGUCCCCAGAUCUCCUGAGAGAAACAACACCGCAGUAGGAGUGGAGCAGGGAGACUCGGGCCCAUUGUGUGGGAAGACGUGUCGCACGUUGUGAGACUGGCUGAGGUUUGCAGUGACAAGCAUCUGAGCAGCAGCAGCACAAAAAGUCUCCGUGUUUGCGUCAGAUCAUAGACAUGGAAGGGCAGC